GUUGACAAUUUUGCUCGAUUCAUUUUGAUAUUCUAGGUGCAAUGUUGUCGUUGCUGGAAUAAAAUGAUCAUGCAUUCCUGGCGAUAUGCUCAAAUGGGGAAACUCUCCAUGAAAUCGUCGUAAACGUAUGUGCCCGGCCGGUCUGAACCAUGCUGAAGUGGUUUUCCAAUGACGAGGCAGAGUCUGGCUCAGGAAGGACAGAGGUAGAAGCACAGCAGCUACGAGGUGAAGAAAUGGAUGCUAUGCUGACAGAGAAGGACAGGAAGCUGGCAGAGAAGGAGCCCUACAUUAUUCAUUUGCAAACAGCAAGGGCAGUAGACCAGUCCGUUACAUCCACACCGCAGGUAGAUGAAGACCAUGGAGUAAUGCAUGAACUUCAGCAGCUGGUGCAGAGCCUGACCAAGAAGGUUGGAGAAGCAGAGGAACGCUAUAGUUUGCUUCAGGAGCAGACGGACAACCUGAAGGAGCUUCUGGACACAGAGAAGGAGCAGUACAGUCAGAAAGAGAACAUGUACAAACAAAAUAUUCAGACUUUCAAAGAGAUAAUCCUCCAGAAAGAUAAUCAAUUAACUGAGAUCAACCAGAUGCAUGAACAGGAGCUCUUCAAACUUGCCGCAAAGUCUGAUGCCAGUGCUGAUCUUGAGCAGCUUCUGAAGGCUUUAAAACAGAAACUUCAUGAGAAAGAGGAGGUGCUGAUUGGAAAAACACAGGUCAUUGAUGUUCUUCAGAAAGAAGUCGACGUCGGGGACCAACAGAUAAAGGAGCUAACAGAGCGGAUGCGGAGACUAAACAUUGAACGAGAGAGCCUUGAAUCCAAAAUGGAGGCAGAAAAGCAUGUAAUGCGAGCCCAACUUCGCAACCUGAUGGAGAAGCACCAAGUUGAGAUUCGGCAAAUGACAGAAAAGCAUCAAGCGCAGUUGACUCGAACACAGCAGGACCUACUUGGCCAACUAAAUGAGCUGAGAAGAAAUACAGUAACACUACAAUCUGUCAGUCAGGAGUCCCCAAAAACUGAAAACAUAUCUGAUGAUUCCGCUUCUUUCCAGAGGAUAGCAAACUUAGAAGCCAAAACUAAGCAGAAAAUAGAAGAAGCCAGCAGAUCGGAGGUGAAGUUCCUGAAAAUGAAAGCCUGGUCUAAAUCUCGAAUCAGACAGCUGGAGGAAGAGCUGAAAAAAAGUCAGGCUGGUAUUGCGCCUCCUGAUCUUACUGCCUUGCGAAGUCAGAUUACAGAACUGGAGGUGGAACGUGAGGAAAACCUUUGGAAAGUGGAGCAGUACAAGGAGCUCAAAGCAAAGAAUGACAUGUUGGAGGCUAAACUGGAGGUAUAUGAGGACACACAGAGGACAUUGCAAGCAGAUCUGGAACAGUUUACAAAAAGAGCUACCUCCCAGGCAAGUGAGUCUGGGAGUGCUGAUGAUGCUCACAGCCAGGUGUUGGAGUGGCAGGAGAUGGUAAAUGAGGCAGUGAGUGCCAGGGAUCAGGUCAGGGAAGAAAAGGCUGCCAUGGUCCUUCACAUUACACACAUGGAAGAAGAAAGAGAGGCACUGGCCACUCGGCAGCAGGAGUUGGAAGAGGAGCUGGCUCAAGCUCAGGGGCCCAGCCAACACGGGCACAAGAAGUUGGCUGUACCAGCCCAAAGAAGCAUGCAGGAGGAUUUUGAAUUUGAUGGAAAAGCCUCAUUCCAGGACUACCACAGCACAUUGGAGAGCACAACUCCAAUGGAAGGAGAAAAUAUGGGAGGUUGGUGGCCUGAGUACAGUACACCUGACACAGGUGGGAGAACCCCUAGACAGUUUACACCAGCAUGCAACUGGUUGUCCUCACAUUUGGAUGGUUUGCGGACUGUGGUGGAGGAGCUGGAGGUAGAGAGAAAUCAAUUACAAGAGCAGAUACUGAGACUGGAAGAGCGUUGUCAAGGUCUUGAUGAUCGUCUACAGCUGCAGGCACGCUUUGAGACCUUACAGAAUGAAACGGAUAAAUUACAGACCCAACUUGCCAGUGUGCGUAGUCAGCAGAACAGGGAAGCAGAAAAACAUCAACUGUUGGUUCGUAGUCUCAAUGAACAACUUAAGGGGCUCAGUGACACACAGGAAUGCCUGGAAAGCUCACUCAUUGAGAAGGAAAGCACUUUAGCCAAGACAUCAGAAAAACUGGAGCUCAUCAACAGCCUCAAAGAAUCUUUGAGUGAAAAAGGAAUUCAGUGCAAAGAGAUGUCUGACAAACUCCUUCAGACUGAGCAAGCUCUUGAGAAUGUUUCCAAGAAAAGCAGUAUCUCAGAGAAGCUCUGCUCUGAAUUAAAAGCAGAAGUCACUGAUGUCACACAGAGGCUGAGUGAGCUGAGAGACAAGAGUCAGAAGCAAGAUAUCAUCAUAGACACAUUACAAACUGAGUUUGACCAAACGAAUGAGGAAUUAGACAAGUUAAACAUGUCCCACCUGGAAGAAAGGGCCCAACUCAUUCAUGAUCUUCAAAGCUGUGAACGGGAGAUUGAUAGUCUGAAAGAUACUCUGUUGGAAAAAGACAAAGCACUCAACACCACCAUGUUGGAGUAUUCAGAACAGGUUACAGUUCUCAAAGAAGAGCUUCGACUCAAGGAAGAAAACUUGAUUCAAGUAGAAAAUGCAUUGACAAAAGCAGGUCGAGAGGUCACAGUUAUUAGCGAUUCGCAGACUGCAGAUCAGCAAUCGCUUAAUAGCAAGAUUACAGGGCUUGUUGAGAAUCUAAAGGAUGUUAGGAUGGAAUUAGACAAGACCAAAGAAGAAAGCAAAUCUAAAGUAGCAGGGAUGGACCAACUAAUCAAACAAGCCAAAGAAGAUAAACAAACUAUUCAGGACCUCCGAUCUCAAACUCAGAAACAAACUGUGAGCCAUCAUGUCCAGCUUUCUGGAUGUGAAACACUGAUCUCUUCACUAAAAGAACAACUGGAAUUAGCUAACCUAAGGCAACACGAGUCUGAUGAACUCAUGUUGCGGCUCAAGGAAAUAAAUGCUAACAAUGAGAAAAAUAUUCUUCAAAAAGAAGAGAUGUAUGAAAAUGAACUAAAAACUAUAAAGGAUGAAAAGAACAAACUUCUAUCUCACGUGGAAAAAUUCAAUCAUGACAUGGAGCUGUUGUCCAAAGAAUUAAAGGAACGAGCACAAAGUAAGGACAAUGUUCAACAAGAGAUGGAGAAAUAUAAGGAGAUCAUAAUAUUGCUGGAAAACCAACUGAAGGCAAAUGAUGAACAGGCAAAGGAUGAGCGACAGAGCUAUAAUGCAGAGUUACAGGUCAGGGAAUCUGAAAAUAAGAAGUUGCGCAAAGAACUUGAUAACAACAUUGAAAAUGUCUCAAAAAUGAAGGAUCUCUUAAAACACAUGGAGACUGAGAAAGAACAGUUGCAAGAAAAGCUUAUAAAUCUCACUGAAAACCUUGAAGUACAGAAUCUGAAUGAAAACCAACUUAAUGAAAAGAUUACAUCUGUCCUCGAACUUAACAACAAUUUAAAGAGACAAGUACAAAACUUAACAAAGGGAAAUGAAAGACUUGAAUUUGAAGUAACUGAAAAGGUUGCGACAAUUUCAGAAAUCAAGUUCGAAAGAGAUUCUUUGCAUGCAAAGUUAUCAACAUUAAAAUCACAAUAUUUCCAAAACAGUAGUAUGAUUCAUGAAUUAGAAAAAAAUAAAGAAGAUUUAAUUUUACAAGCUACUGAUUUAAAAAAAGAUCUUGAACAACACACAUUCUCAAACAAUGAGGUUGUCCUGGCCAAAACAAAAGAAUGUAGUAACCUCAACCGGUUACUCAGGGAAAAGGAGGACAUCAUCACACAACUGCAAGGGCAACUGCAAAGCCACAUUUCUGAGGCAGAUGAGUUGCGCGUUACCAUAGAAAAGAACCACCAGGUUGCCUCUGGACUUCAAGCAGAACUGGAGGCCCGAAAAAUUGAUCAAAUGCAACUUAAAGAAACAUUCAAUCUUCUUCAAGCACAAGAUUGCAGUCUGAAGUCUGGGCUAUUGGAGAAGGAUUCAACUUUGAAGGAAAAACAGGAAGAGUGUCAUGGUUUGCAAAGUGAGAUUAUUUUCCAUAAGGAAUCUGUACGUAAACUCCAAGAGGAAGUUGAAUCACUAAAUUCGGAACGCUCGCAGUUUUGCAAGGAUCUCGAAGAAAAAGAAAUGAUGAUGAAAAGUAUGGCACAGCAGUGCCAAAAACCCAAAGAUGACUUUGAUGAUGCAAACAAUAAUAUGAAUGCUCUCAAAAACGAAAUCAAUGAAAUGAAAGAAAAAUCCAGAAAACUCAAAACAGAAGCAAACUACAGGGAAACCGAGCUGAGAACCCUUAAAAGUAAAAUGCACACAAUCAUGUCAGAAAGCCAACAACUUCAUGCAGUUUUAAAAUCCAUAGAAAAUGAACUUGACAAGAAAACACAUAUUAUUUCAAACCUUGAUACAGAACUCAAAGCCACUCUUGAGCAGAACUCCAGUUUUAGCAUGAAUGUAACUCGUCUAACCGAAGAUAAUGAACGACUACAAAAAGAGGUGUCAGAGAACAAUGCAUUGGCUUGUCAAUUAAAAACCGAGAUUAGUCUCCUCAAAGAACAGAAAUCUGAACUUGAGGAACAAAACACAAAUGAUAAGAAGAUAAUCAAUGAUCUUCUGAAUGAAAAAAAUGAUCUUAUUGAUUCCGUAAGUAACACAAAACAGGUCAUCCAGGAAAGGGAAAUCUCUAACAAAGUAUGUUUGCUUGAGAAAACAAAUGAAUGUAAUACCCUUUCAAAAACACUGAGUGAAAGGGAACAACAGAUUCAAACAUUGCAAGAGCAAGUAAAUGACCUAAAAAUUCAGAUAAAUCAGUUGAAACUCUCUAUGGUUGAGAAAGAAGAAAUCCUGUUAGAAAAAAAAUCACUCUUAGAAGCCCAGCAUAUCCAACAACUGCAAUUGCAGGACACCAUCUCUAUGCUUCAAGAACAGGCCUCUGUCCUAAAGACAGGGCUAAUGGAGAAGGACACAAUGCUUCAGCAAAAAUCAGAUGAAUCUAUUGUUCACCACAAUGAAGUCAUGCUGCAGAAGGACCUUGUGUUGCAAAUGCAGUGUGAGGUUGAGUCAGUCAGGCAAGAAAUCUUAGAGACAAAGCAACAGUUAGAACAAAAGGACCACAUGUUAAAAGAUCUAACAAAAGAUUUUGAAAACCAGCAAGAAGAGCUCAAUGAACGUAUUCAAUCCAUGAUCAAACUUGAGAGUCAGCUCGCAGCCGUGAAUAACAGCGUAGAAGAGAUACAGAUUGAAAUUACCAAUCUCAAGGAUUCUGGAGAGACGCUUACUUUUGAAAAUUGUCAACUAAGACAAGAGAAUGAACUGAUGAAAGCUGCGGUAACUGAUUUAAAAGAUGCAAUUCAAGCCCUAAAUGAUCAGAAUGUAAGCUUGAAAUCUGAGCUUCAGAAAUCUUGUGUAGAGCUUUCCAAAGCACAUGAAGAACUAGCACAUAGAAAAAAAGCAGUUAAUGAAAGUGAACUCCAGCUCAAAACUACACAGUCAGAAAAGGAACAUCUUAAUUUAACCAUCCAAGAUAAAGAUGAUUCCCUGAAAGAACUUGAAAGUAGGAUAUCUGAGCAGGAGGAGCAGUUGAAACUGAAAGAUAAUGAAAUGUUUAGUUUGAAAGUCCAAGUUACAGACCUUGGAGAUUCUGUCUGCAAAUUUAGAGGUCAAAUCCACAGUCUUACCUCAGAAUCAACAACUUUAAAAAAUAUGUUGGAAAAAAAAGAGCAGUCUAGUCUUGAAGAUCAAAGAAAUGUCACGCUUGUGAAUGAAAAUUCUAACGUUAGUCUUCAAGACAAAGAAAAAGAGUGUGAGAUCUUAAAAGAAAAGCUUUCACACCUUGAAGAAGAGUCUUUUAAGAUUAAGAGCAUCCUCCAAAUGCAGAUAGUAGAAACAAAAAAUCUUGAAAAAGCCUUGGAAGAACGAGACUUUCGUCUUAUGGACCAGUCACAGUCUCUUCAAGGUUUACAGAGAACGGCCGAUGAGUUCUUGCUUUUCAAAAGUCAGUUUGUCAAAAGCACAGAGUUAAUGUCACAAUUACAAAAUCAAAUACAGAUACUGUCAUUGGAUGCUUCCAACCACAAAACAUCAGCUGAAGAAAAACAAAGUGCCCUCAUUAACCUGCAAGAAAAAUAUGCAGCCAAUUUGAAGGAUUUGCAGGAUAUGAGAAAGGAGCUGUCCCAAAGGACUGAAGUGUUGAGCCUAAAGACUUUAUCAGAUGAACACAACACAGCAAAGACCACCAUAGAAACUUUGAGAAAUAAUCUUUCCUUUAUCCAAAAUAAACUUGAGAAGACACAGAACCUGAAUUCCAAGUUCUCAAAAGAAAAGGAUGAAGCAUUUGCCUCUCAUCAAGCAAAUGUCUCUCAUUUGACUGUUGAAAUUGAAAAACUAAGAGCUCAACAUCUUCAGGUUGUGGGCCAAAUGAAUGCAUUGACAGAGAACCUGGAACAGAGAGAAAUGGCUUUACAUGCAAUUAACAAUCAGUACACAGCCCAAGCCAAACAUACAUCUGAUCUUAUUUCUGAAAUGCAGAAACUAGAACUGCAAAAUAAGAAGCUGAAUGAAGAGAUUAGUUUGUCAAGAAAAGAGCACCACAGCGCCCUCACAGCUGUCAACAAUGAAAAUAUACACUUAGUUGAGGAUAUUAGGAAACUUCUUGCAGAAAAGGAAGGGCUGGAGAAGCUACAUCAUCAAAUUUGUGAAUCCAAGGGGGACCCCAAGGUUCAGUUGGAGCAGCAGUCCAGCAGCAUAAGUGAAAGCAUCCAGCAAAUGGUGUAUGACAAGGAGAGCCUCCAAACCAAGAUGAAAGAGCUGCAGCCUCGACAGACACCCGAAAAAGAAGGCAGCAAUUUGCCAAAUGAAACUGCUCUUCAAAGGUCUGAAAGAGACACACAACCAGUCAAGGAAACGGUGAAUCCGGUAAGCCAGAAGGAAAUGGAAGAGUCGGUGAGUCGAUUGGAAGCAGAGAGGGUCCAGCUGCACAGAGAGCUGCAACUCUGCUUGUAUGACAUCCAGCAACGAGACCAGUACUUUCAGCAACUUAACUCAAAGCUACAGCAAGCAAUAGAGGAGAAGGGUGCUGUCACCGCCCAGCUUAGUGCUAUGUCCCAAACCCUGAGGGACACCCAAAAUCGAUGCCGCUGGCUGGAAAGCCAAGGCCAGACCCAGGGUGCAGUUGAAGCACAGGUGGCUCCCGGAGGUCCUCAAGAAAAGAACAGCACAGUUGUUGCUCAAACAAUUGAAGUUGACCAGCUCAGAGAAAGGCUUCUUGAGGUACAGCGGAGUCUGGCAGAUGAACGGUACCGAAGAGAGACUGCCGAAGAGGCUUUGCAUCUUGCUGAGGCCAGCACAAAAAGUUCAAGUCUGUCUCAAGAUCUUCGGAGAGACUUCAGCAGUAUCGAGAUGGAAGCAGACGAUGAGUGGGAAGCUGUGAGCCUCAACCCAAACCAGCCACUGAUAACACGGAAGGUGAAAGUCGGAAUGGUGGCAUGCAGACGUUGGUUCAGAGGAAGAGGCCUGUACUUUUCCCGGUUGCUGAUGAGCCGUGCACGCUCACGUUACUUCUUUCUUGCCUACUUGGUCGCAAUUCACGUGCUUGUCCUAAUGUGCCUUACUGGUGCCCUCUAAAAAGGUAAUCAACAAGUUGGAAGUUGGUUGAGAAGUUUAAAAAAAAUAGCUAAGUCCCUAUUAAUUUAUUUGUAAAUUACACACUAGCGUGUCAUUUGCUUUAUAAACACUGGCACAGUCAGGUAACUGCGAUGUUCGUCCUUUGAGAGUCAAUUGUCUUUUUUAUUCACAGCUUUGAUAAUAGUUGCACAAAUUGCAAGAUGUAAAUAGAUUAUCUGUAAAAGUGGUUUACCGCACAAAGCCUUAAAAGAGUGAUAUCACAAUAUAGGGACAAGGCUAAAGAACCCUUAGAUGUAAACACUUUACAAAAUCCUCUUAACAAUAAUGUCAUCUCUGCCAUGUUACUCACUAGAGGAAAUCAAACCUCUCAACUUGGUUUCCCUGUCAACAACAAUACAUUGUCUUGGGGUUGUUUAAUUUAUUUCCAAAAUACAAAUGUUGGUACAAUUUUCCUGUUUGUCUAAUACAUUGCACAUGAUCCUUAUGCUGAGUAAAUCUAUGCACUGUAACUGCAUUUGGGUGUAUAUAUUAUCUCAAUGACCCUCAAAGCACUGAAUCAUAACAGCAGUGAGAUCAAUACGAUGCUACAUUUCAAUUCUUGUUGGAUUGAAGAGCAAAGCAAAAAAUGUUUUGAGGGUAUAUUUUUUUCUAUUUAUGGAUAUUACUGAUGUUAUUUGGGCUGAUAUCUGAUGACUUGUUUAUUCUAUGUGUUGUCAAACGUGCACUUUCCAAUAAAGUGCCUCCGGCUCCCCGGUAACGGGUUCGAUAAGCCGGGGCGAAGGGACUCGUCCGCAGCUGACCACCCGAGUCAAAUUAAUCCUCUUGGAAUCAACCUAACUUCUAUACGACGUCAAUCCCGCUUAAAUCAUCCGACGCGCAAGCCGAGUAACUCAAUUCGAGGCAAGUCGCCGGUAUGACCACGCCGUAAUGAUGGCUCCCUUCAGUUGUUUGAUGUUGGUAAUUCGUUACGGAUGCUUUUAGAUGCCUCGGUUAAGGCCUCAGGGAUUCGUUAGUCUAUAGCGCCCCGUAGCGCUGCUCUCGCCGAAGUAACUUUUAAUAUGGCCCUGCUCUGGCCGGGUUGGGGAAGUAACGAGAUUACUUCCCUUUUUUCCGUGGAAAGUCAGAUUGACUAAAGUAUGACAAUGAUAGAGUUGAAAAGAGAACUUUAAUACAUUAAUCACUAAUUCCAAUGUUAUCUAUAUAAACACUUAACCGUACAGGCGUAAUUACUUCUGAAGGCAAAUUAACCCCUCAAAAUCAUCCAAAGUGGCUCUUAAUGCGGCCCGAGUGAAUUAAAUACUUUUGCUCAGGCCCCGUUCCGCUUUUGCUGGAGGAGCGAGCCUACUUCCCUUUUUUCCGGGAGCCAGUCCAAAUAGCAGAAGUAGGACUAUGACAGCGCUUAAGAAUAAGUUUAUCACAUUAUUCACUAAUCCUAACGGCAUAUAUAAACACUUAGCCGCAAAAGCGCUUCCUCGCACUCAAUUGUUUCCGACGAAAUGAUAUUUUACUUAAUACGGGUUCAAGAGAUUUAAUCGAAUUAUUAUUAUCCGGUAAUAAACUCUGCAGGCAAUUUAGUCCCUCAGAAUCAUUCAAAGUACUUUUGACGCGGCCGGAGUAAAUCAAACACUUUGGCUCAGGUUUUGACGCGGCCGGAGUAAAUCAAACACUUUGGCUCAGGCCCCGUUGCGCUCUUGAUGGAGCCGCAAGCCUACUUCCCUUUUUUCCGGGAGCACGUCAAUUUAGCAGAAGUAAGACUAUUACAGUGUUUAAGAAUAAAUUUAAUACUUUAUUAACUAAUUCUAGCGAUAUAUAUAUAUAUAAACACUUAACCGUAAAAGCGCUUCCUCGCACUCAAUUGUCUCAGACUACACGAUAUUCUAUUUAAUACGGGUUCAAGAUGAUUCAAUCGAAUUGUUAUUAUCCUGUAAUUAAUUCUGAAGGCAAAUUAAUCCCUCAAAACUGUUCAAAGUAGUUUUUGACGCGGCCCGAGUAAAUUAAAUACUUUUGAUCGGCCCCGUUCCGCUUUUGCGAAAGCCGCAAGCCCACUUCUCUUUUUUUCGGAAGUAAAUCAAAUUAGCAGAAGUAUGGCAAAAACAGAGUUUGGAAAUAAAUCUGAUUCUUUAGUCUCUAAUUCUUAAAAUCUCCCGUUAAUAAAUCGACUCAUCAACCCAUCCACAAACAAUCGACUGCAUAAAUUAUACAAAUUAGCGCACAACGAUUUAAAUGAGUAUAUACAACUCUUUUUAUUGAAGAAACUUGAAAUAAAAUUACAAAUCACAAUCCUCCAAAAACUGAACAAUUCCACUCACUGAUGCCCUUGCAAAUACAAUCAUUCAAUCCCGGAGUAAUUUUGAUUGCAACAAUGAAAUCAGAAAAGAGGAAAAUGAGGGUACCAAUUGGGGGUUAUUUUUUGGUGGAAAUAAAGUCGAGUGAUCAAUUCGAUCUUAUCUCUAUAAAUCUAAUUUAGAAACUAGUUUUGGCCAUGAGGGGAUCCCACUACCCCGAUAAUUUGGCUCCCUUCCCGCACGGAGAUACAGAAGGAGUCGGUCCUCUCACCUAGUUUCUCAAGCAAAAUUGUCCAGUCCAAUUCUUUUGAGUGAAUCCAAGUUAAUCCGUGCCAGCAAUCUUGCGUCUCACACAAAAAUCUCGAAGGCUUUGGAAAAAGUCUUGAAACUCCUACCGGCUUCUGUUCAUUAUGACCGCGGUCAGGAGAGAGCCCUGUCGAUGGCCAGGGUGGCCUUUUUAUAGACUUUUCUGGCCCUUCCCUUUUCCGCUUGUCUCUAUACCGUCCAGUUUCCCACGCCUACGGCUUCUAUACUGUCCAGUUUCCCACGCCUACGGCUUCUAUACUGUCCAGCUUCCCACGCUCAUCCCCUGCGGUUUUUCCGGGCAGCUCGUUUCCGGCUCACUCUUUCCACUGAAAUUCUGUGAAAACCCCCUUGGCAGGCACCCUACUUCCUCUUUUCUUUACUUCUCCUUUUUUUAAAACCAAUACUUUAAAGUCAGACUUUGGUCAACCAUUAAAUCAAAAUAAAUCAAAGCCUUUGAAUUGAUCUCUUUCUUUUCUCUUUUUAACACACCCCUAUUCUCAUAAGGGUGGGCAGCUUAGUCCAAUUCUGUGAUAAUAUUGCUUUAAGCCGUUACAGAAUAUAUUUCAGCCAAGCAAUUGAAAUAAAACAUAAAAAAUAAAAUGAAAUAAUAAAACCAAGAACUCAUUUGUUUUACCCUUUUUAACACACCCCUAUUCUCAUAAGGGUGGGCAGCUUAGUCCAAUUCUGUGAUAAUAUUGCUUUAAGCCGUUACAGAAUAUAUUUCAGCCAAGCAAUUGAAAUAAAACAUAAAAAAUAAAAUGAAAUAAUAAAACCAAGAACUCAUUUGUUUUACCCUUUUUAACACACCCCUAUUCUCAUAAGGGUGGGCAGCUUAGUCCAAUUCUGUGAUAAUAUUGCUUUAAGCCGUUACAGAAUAUAUUUCAGCCAAGCUGGUAAAAUAAAAUACAAUUAAAAGAAUAAUAAAAACCACCUUUGUGCUCUCGUGUGUGUUCCCUCGAUCAGACCACGCUCAAUUUUGGUUUCUGGCAACGAUUUGGCACCAUCUUUUGGAAUAUUUUGGAAUUUCAGUUUGGCCAAUUCACUCACUAAUACCCUACUCAGAUUUUGCCCCAUCUGCUGUUUAAAAUUUGGAAUGUCGGCCCUGCCAAUUUAUUCCUGGGAGCAAUCCAUACUCACUUUCUUGCACCAUUUGUUUCCCAAUUCCCAUGUUACAUGACAGUGUAUAUAUGUAUUUCUAUCAUCCUUCAGUGUGAAUGUCAUUGAGAGAACACCUUUAGACAAAAAAUAAUGAUGAGUUGCAAUAGGUUUGUAUAUUUCUUUGAAUUAAAGAAAUUUGGUUUAUUAUCCAUUUUUACAGAAUUUCACUGCUCUGAUAUGUUAAUGUCACAAAGGCCUCAUGCUCUGUAUAUAAAGAUGUGAUGAGCAAACAGAAUGACUACUGAAAAUUGUGCAGAUGCGUCCUCAGUUUUCAAGAGUUUAUGAUACUGUCGGCCUUGAUGACAUGAGGCUCUGCUUGGUGCAAUAUUGUUACUGAACUAUUUUCAGAUCACCAUAUUUAAAGAUAUCAUUAAAGCUCGUUGAUUUUCUUUGUUCUCUUCA